AAUUCCCAGGUUUGGGCACAUAGGAAAUUAGGAAUACAAAAUAGUGAGAAUACUCGCUUGACGGUUGACGCUUCUACCAACUUCCAUCGUUCCUGGUUCCUACUCAUCAAUCAUGGCUUCUCUAUCUACCUUCUCCAACUUCCUCACUUUCUUAUUCCCGCCAAAAUCACAACCACCACCGCCACCACCACUAUCACCACCGCCAAACCUCACCAUCCGCAAACCAUUACACCACGUGACGCCACUGGAUCACUCCGAUCAAACUCCACCUUAUUCUUGCUCAUCGUCUCCGUCGUCGCUGUCGUCGGUGGUGUGCCCGUCGCUGGCGCAGGCGAACACGAUGUGGUUCAAGAUGAAGGCUGGCGUCAUCCAAGAGUGCAGAAGGAGGAGGUACCACGAAGACACACAGGACAAGCGGAAGCGCAAGUCACGUGAGGCUGCUAAGCGUAACCGCAGAAGGCGUCCACAGUUAAAAUCAUUAGCAGAAAACAAGCAGGCCAUCAAAGAAACCGAAAAGAAAGACGAUGAUGACGAUGAUAACUGGGAUCUACCUGAAGACAAUGCAUAUAUUGACCACUUCUAAAUAGGACUCUACACUUUUUGCAAACCAGAAAGGCAGAAAGCGAGAAAAGUUGAACAGAGCAGAGCACAACAGAGCUUCAGGCAGCGGCAGGCAGUGAGUGGCAAUCUUCAGGCAAGUGGUGGCGACUGGCGAACUUCAGGGAGCAAAGCUCUUUUAUGUCAAAUGAAUUGGACAUCGCUUACUAGCUGCAGUUUACUAUACCUCUUGUUGGUUCUCUAGGAGGAUUGUUUUAAAUUUAGUGUCAAAACUUACAUUAUAAAUUAGAAAGGGUUAAAAAUUUGGAUUGUUACAUCAUGUUUGACCGGUAAUCACAUGAAAAGAAGUCACUAGUAAAAACAAUAUAUAAUACGGGCUCUUGAGCGGUUUAUAAGUUAUAAGUAAGCAAUAACUGUGCCCUUGACUUGUAGCAACUAGCAAGUGUCUUAGUGUAGCAUGUACUUGUCACUUGGCAAACUAAGAGUAUCUAUAGUGACUACCUACUUACGAAAAUUAAUUUGUCCUAUCCAAUAAUAGACUCGUAGUUAAUUAGCUGAUAUUUCCAAUGAUGACUCCUUGUUUUAUCCAAGCUAUUGUAAUAUAAUAGUAAGAGAAGUAAUGUUAGUUAAUUUCUAGAGAAUGGAACUCAAUCUGAUCUUAUAAGUUAAAAGGAAAAAGAUGUUCAUGGUACUAGUUGUUCAUCUUCAACUUUCCUGUGUACUACUCAACUUCAUCCUAUUACUAAUAUUGGUUGUCCUCUGCA